GGUGGUCACAGUGACUCUACUCUUUCUAACUCAGACAUGGACUCAGUGCAGGGCUGAAAAUGACUUUUCAUUAGUUACUUUACCAGAUUGGAUGCCAAAUUCAGAAUAUGUUAAAAAGUGUUUCUACGACAGACACAGCAAUCCGAUUUGUGACUGGAACCAACGAAGAACAGACGAUUUUGUAAUGACCACUUUAGAAAGUGGUCCACUGGAGCUGGAGGGCAAGGCCUGUCUAGAGUUUUGGUACUUAUCGCCGGUUGCAGCUAAUGAGUCAGAACUUCGCAUUCUGCUUAAAAGCAGCAUUGGUCUGAUGGAAAUCAGGACCUUACCUGCCCUGCCCAGGGAUUUUUGGAGACAAGUGUUCGUCCCCUUGAACAUCAUUGAACCAGGGACUGAGGUUGUUGUCGAAGCAGUGUCCAAGGAGGGAGGGCAGUUCAUAUUUAACCGGAUAGGUGUAAGAAGAGGCUCAUGUGGACCACAGUGUGAAAUGGACACAGAGUUCUGGACAGAUGAGUCCACCCGCUGCCGCUGUUCUGGUGGCCAGCUCGCCUGCUCUCCCUUUCAGUGCCCUAAGGGCCAAAUCUGUGGUCCUCAAAUAGGAAGCUCUAGUGGGAUUUCCACCACUGGGACGUGCACUAUACACCGUCACACAGAAUGCAGCACUUUUGAUGGGGUGCUGUUCCGCUUCAUGGACCCUUGCACCUACAUGCUGGCUAAGACCUGCUCACCCUCUGAGGCCCUGCCCAUGUUCAGUGUGGAAGUGGUCAAUAAGCAGAACAGGAACUCAUCUCUGCCAACUGUUCAGAAGGUCAUUGUGAACAUGGGGAAGUUUAGGGUGUCCAUGCUGAAAAGGCAAACACAUCGGGUUGUGGUUAAUGGGGUCUGGAAGAAGCUUCCACUGAGCCUCAGCAGAGGCACUAUCAACAUGAAGAGCAACCCAGCUGCUGUUGAAAUGGAAACCAGUUUUGGUCUUUCUGUCUCAUAUGACAACUCUGGUGCUGUCCAUGUCACCCUGCCAUCCACUUACUCUGAUAAAGUCUGUGGCUUGUGUGGAAACUUCAACUACCUCAAUGUAGAUGACUUCAUAAAGCCUGAUGGAACAAAUGCCCAAGAUGCUACAGCCUUGGCUGAGAGCUGGCAGACUGGGGAAACCAACUCCUCCUGUGAAACCAUUCUAGUACCUCAUCAGUGUGACCCACUGGAGGAGGCUGAGUAUGCUAGUGAGCUGUACUGUGGAGGCCUCCUCUCCAGCACGGGGCCCUUCGCUGACUGCCUAUCAGUUAUUGGGGCAGAGAGCUACUUCAGGGACUGUGUGGUCGACAUGUGCUCUACUCAUGGUGACCCGGCGGUGUUUUGUAAGACCUUACAGGUCUUCACUGACAUCUGCCAGGAGGCUGGAGUCGGUGUACCCAUGUGGAGGAACUCUACAUUCUGCCCCCUUCAGUGUGGUGAGAACAGCCACUAUAACACAUGUGCUGAUGGCUGUCCAGAAGUGUGCUCCAGUCUGGAUAUAGUUGGCUUCUGUGGAAGCUGUGAGGAAAGAUGCGAGUGCGACUCUGGCUUUCAGCUCAGUGGGGGAAAGUGUGUCCCAGCAGAGGACUGUGGGUGCUGGCAUAAUGGCAAACACUAUGAGAAAGGAGCAACAUUCUCAAAGGGAGAGUGUGAGCAGCAGUGUCAGUGCAUGGGUAACAAUGGCCUAGAGUGCACCACAAUGCAAUGCACAGUCAAUGAGGUUUGUAAGGUCAAGGAUGGGGUCAAAGGCUGCUUCCCUUUCAAACCCGCCACCUGCAGCGUGUAUGGUGAUCCACACUAUAUCACCUUUGACGGGUGGGCAUAUGACUUUCAAGGUGGCUGCAGUUACACGCUGACUACCACGUGCGGAAGACAAAGCUCAGUCCAGUUCUCUGUGAUUGGACACAACACGCAUCCUCCUCUUCAGAACUUCACCCGAUCCAAGCUGGAAGCUGUGACUCUUCAGGUCGACGAUCUAUACCUCACCCUGAAUCAGAGCGGAGAGGUCUAUGUGAAUAACAGCCGUGUCUCGCUGCCCUAUUCCACCAAUGGUAAAUACGGCUCAGUAUGGGUCUACCUGAAGAAAAAUUAUAUUAUCUUGGAAACAACCUUUGGCCUCAGAAUGAUGAUAGAUGGGCAGAACAGACUCUUCCUGAAGGUGGAUGAGCUCUACAAGUAUGAACUGUGUGGACUCUGUGGCACGUACUCGGAACGGCAGGACGAUGACUUCAUAACACCAGGAGGCCAAAACGCUACUGAGUCAUUUGAGUUUGGUAAUAGCUGGAAGGUUCCAGGCAAUAAUGAGUGUAUUUCCCAUCCAAAUAAUCCCAGACUUUGUGAUUAUGAUGAGGAGAAUGUGGCCUACAAAGAGUGUGAGACACUACUAGGGGAUGUCUUCCAGCCCUGCCAUGAACCCAUUCACCCAAGCAGCUACCUCAAAAGUUGUGUGUAUGACUAUUGUGCCACCAAUGGUGACCAACACACCCUAUGUGAAUCUCUCGAGUCCUAUGUAGCAGCAUGCCAGGUUAAAGGAGUGGAGCUGCCCCAAUGGCAGACAGACACAGCCUGUGCUGACCCCACAACCACUGCAACUGCAUCUCCAACUCCUACCUCUCCAACACCAGAUCAGACUCUCUGUCCCAUAAACUGUGACUUUGAAAAAAGUCUGUGCGGGUGGGAACAGCUCAUACAGGACAGUUUUGAUUGGACAAGACAUUCAGGACCCACCCCAUCAAGCCUAACUGGCCCAAACCAAGAUCACACCACUGGAGCUGGUUUCUACAUGUAUAUUGAGGGAAAUGGUGUAACCCAUGGAGAUUCAGCUCGUCUGUGGAGCUCAACAUGCCAUUAUAAUGGCCCACUUUGCCUGCACUUCUGGUACCAUAUGUAUGGUUCAGCCACAGCCAUGGCCCUUAAUAUCUACCUGACCAAAGGCAAUAAAUCUGUCAAGCUCUGGUCCAUGAUGAAUAACCAAGGACCAGCCUGGCAUCUAGGAAAUGUUGACAUCAGAGUGUCUGGUCCAUUCCAAAUCAUAGUGGAGGGAAUUCGAGGCGCUGAUGCUUUAUCAGACGUGGCCAUUGAUGACAUUUCUAUCAACUUUGGCUCAUGUUUAGGUAACUUACCUGGCCUGAUUAUUGGAACUGAACUUCCUUUCACAACUGUGGAGGUCUUCCCCUCACACCCAGUCUGCAAUAUAGACUGUAGCUUCAACAGCAACCUUUGUAGCUGGAAUCAGAUGAUCACAGAUGCUUUUGACUGGACAUGGCAAAGUGGUUCCACCCCAACCCUGAUGACUGGGCCCUCUGCUGACCACACUGGUGAUGGCCACUAUCUUUACAUCGAAGCCAACAGUGCGUCACAUGGAGACACGGCUCGUCUCAUCAGCUCUGAGUGUUCUGAAUCUGGUCCACAGUGUCUGCAGUUCUGGUACCAUAUGUAUGGCUCAGCAGAUACAAUGGGCCUUCAUGUCUACUUGUUUCAGGAUAGAAAGGCUGACGCCGUUUGGUGGAAGCGAAAUGACCAAGGAAAUAUGUGGCACCUGGCUCAGGUGGACAUCACAACAACUGGAGCUUUCCAGAUCAUAUUUGAGGGGCGAAGAGGUUCCAACGAUCAGUCGGAUGUUGCCAUGGAUGAUGUAUCACUUCAUCGUGGGCACUGCACAGACCAAACUAGACCAACAACUCCUGCUCCCACAACCUUCAAUCCAGUUGCAACAGCAGAUCCAGAGCUUCCUCCAGCAAACAGCUCAACUACUACACAACCACAAACAUCUACUUCAUCAAAACCCCAGCCACCAUCAACAACUGUUUUUACAACGGUCGCCACAACAACAGCAGCCACGACUGAUUGUGAUACACAAACCCCUACAAAGCCAGCAACAACCGUAACCCCAAAAACUUCAAAUCCUGAUGUCCCAACAACAAGACCACAGCUACCAAUAACAACAACCACAACUGGACCCCAAACUACAGCUAGACCCCACCCACCAACAACAAAGCACCCAGGAGUUGAAACUUCAGAGCAACCAGAACCUGAAAUUACAGAAAAACCUCAAACAACAGCAAGACCAGAGCAACCAGCUACAUCAACUAACGAACCCCAAACCACAGCUAAACCCCAACCCCAAACAACAGAAGAUCAUGAACCUACAGCUGGAUCACAAGCACCAACAGCUACACCAGAAUCUCCAACUGACAGUCAAUCACAGCCACAAACAACAGCAGGACCACAACCAUCAACCACAAUUCAACCACAACCAUCAACUACAGCUCAACCACAACCAACAACAACAGCUACACCACAACAAUCAACAACAGCUACACCACAACCUCCGACAACAGCUAGACCACAACCUCCAACCACAGCUCAACCACAACCGCCGACAACAGCUACACCACAACCUCCAACCACCGUUAAACCCCAACCCACAACAGCCACACCACAGCCUGCAACAACAUGGCAACCACAACCCACAACAACAGAUGGACCACUACCUACAACAACCAAUAAACCACAUCCGACAACAGCACACCCUUGCCCAGAGAACAGUCAUUACACUACUUGUAUCCCUGGUUGCAGUCCAACCUGUACAUACCUGAAUGGUCCACCCCGCUGCAGUGACGAUAAUCGUUGCGUGCAGGGGUGUGUAUGUAAUGAAGGCUUUGUGCGGAAAUGGAGGGUUUGUGUGCCUAUCCAACGAUGUGGAUGUAUGGACAGGAACGGCACUAAACAUAAGUUUAAUGAAGUGUGGUACACCAAUCACUGCAGUCAGAAAUGUAAAUGUGAAAAAAACAAUGGACUGGGGAAGAUUAAAUGCCAGGACAAAGAUGAGUGUGAUGGAAAUGCUGUCUGCCUUCAAAAUGCAGAGGGCGAUUAUUACUGCAAGUAUACAGGCUUCAGUGAGUGCAGAAUCAAUGGAGACCCUGAGUACCGAACCUUUGAUAAAAUGAAGCAUGGCUUUAAGGGUGAGCGGUCAUAUGUGCUGGUCCGGACCAACAACUUGCCAAAUAACCAUCCACAUGUUUACAUCGAGGGCAACAAUACCAUAAAUGAUGGCGAAGAAAGUCUUUAUCAUGCUGGCAGUGAAGAAGACCACAGUCACAGAAUCAGGGAUGGAGAUGAUGAUGAUGAUGAUGAUGAUGAUGAUGAUGAAGACUAUAAUGAAGAAGAUGAAGAUGACAACAACUAUGAUGACGACAUUGAAGAGCAGGAGGAAUAUCCCAGACUACAAGUGUUUAAGAAAUCCCACAGAUUACAAGAGCUUAAAAUCAUAGUGUAUAAUCACACUGUGGAGUUCAAGAAGAACCGGAGGCUGGUCGUGGAUGGAAGGAGAACUAAUACUCCGGCCUCACCGACUGCUGGGCUAAACAUCUGGGAGCAUUCCUCUCGCAUCUACCUGAAGACCGACUUUGGCCUCUCAGUGGAGUUUGACGGACACAGCAGAGCAGGGAUCAUUCUACCACGCAUAUAUAAAAGGAAGGUGGGGGGUCUGUGUGGGAACUUUGAUGGUUACAGACACAAUGACCGGAUGAAACCAGAUGGUACCAGGGCCCGGAGUGUUCAAGAGUUUGGAGAGAGCUGGAGAGUGUGAAUAUCAGAUGGAUGUAAAGAUGAGACAUGGCACUUAAAAAUAACCUGUGGAAGUUUUGACCACUAGUAGAAACAUCACUGUGGCAGUUUACAAGAAAACUCCACACUGAGGAUAUAUAUCACCUAUAAAAUAAGAACAGACAAAAAUAAUGCAGAUUUCAUUUUUUUUCCUUAGACAAGGUAUCCUCUCCUAAACCUAAGCUACCAAACAUGACUUGGCAUAAACAUAAUCAGUAGCAAAUAAAGCUUUUUGGGAUUUUCAUGAAUCUGCUACUAUUUUAAAAAACAUCGUAACUUUCUCAAAAAAUAUUUGUACUAUAUAUCAGGAUUUACUUUUUUGUUUCAUUGCUAACAGCAUACUUUUUAUUUCAAGGUGAUAUUAUUACAGAUGUGCAUAUACUGUAUGGAAAAUUAUGAUUAUGCAGGACUAUAAAUGGAUUAUUCAUCACUGUCGAUACUG